CACCAACUUUGUAGCCCCUACUUAUCACCUACCUACCUAGUUAAGACUCACCCGUAUAUUAUAUUAUUACAUCGAGAGACCUCCCCUCAAAAACCAAUAUGUCUGAUCAGGCCAUAGCCCCCAGCGACUCGAAGGUCGAGCACAAGUUUGUCGAUGCACUCGCCCCUAAUGACCCUCGGGUCGAACAUAAGUUCAAGUCUUUUGGAGAUAUCACCUACCACUAUAUACUAGCUAAGCCGCAGGGCAAACCCGUCGCCACCGUCCUCCUUACUCACGGCUGGCCGGAUAUACAUUUCGGAUGGCGCUACCAAGUUCCUUACCUCGUAAAUCUGGGCUUCCAGGUCAUUGUCCCGGAUAUGCUGGGAUAUGGGCAGACUUCUGCCCCCCAUUCAUCCGAGGAGUACUCCUUCCCGAAGAUGAUCGCUCAAAUUGUGGCCAUCGUUAAGGACCACACCGAUCAGCCUAUCAUCCUCGGUGGCCACGAUUGGGGCGCGGUCUUUGCUUGGCGCCUAGUUAAUUACCACCCGGAGCUGAUCCGCGCAGUCUUCAACUUGUGCGUGCCUUACAUGCCGCCGUCGCCAGUCAAGCACUCGCUGGAAGACAUGGUCAAAAAGCUGCCGAACUUCACGUACCAGCUGCAGCUGGCCAGCGGGAAGACAGAGGAGAUCGUCGACAAAUCGCCGGAGCGGCUGCGGGGGUUCCUGAACAGCCUGUUCGGCGGCAGGACGCCGGAAGGGGACUACGGGUUCAAGGUGUCGGAGGGGGUGGUGGAGGAGAACCUGGAGAGGAUCGGGCCGUCGCCCCUAUUCAGCGCGGAGACCAUCGACUUCUACGUGCAGGAGUUCUCGCGCCACGGCAUACACGGCCCCUGCAACUGGUACCGCACCCCGGGCCCCCGCGGCGAAGACGAGCAGGAGCUCGCGAGGAAGCUCGGGCCCGACCACAAGCUCAAGGUCCCCGCCAUGCUGGUUAUGGCCGAGAGGGACAGCGCGCUCCCACCCCACCUCGCCGACGGGCAGGAGAAGUACUUUGAGGCCGGCCUCAAGAAGGAGCUCGUCCCCGGAUCCAGCCACUGGGUCCAGGCCCAGUGUCCCGAUGUUGUCAACAAGCAUAUUGGGGACUUCAUCAAGAGUGUGCUGGGGGAUGAGCUCAAGGCUUCCUUGUAAAGAAAGCCUUUGCUCAGCCCUGCAGGAUGGUUGACCCAAACCGUCUCUAAGGGUGGUUACCUAGUGGUGGUAUGCGGUAGGUAGUUAUUAGAAACCCACGAUAUAUUAUGGCCCGAAAUAAAGUAUACUUAUCUAAUAUAUAUAUAUGCGCGAUACAAUUUUUGGUCUAGGCAGUUUCCAUGCCUCGUAUACUAUUACCGCCCCUCAUUAGGGGAGGGGAGGAGGGAUUAUUAGAGAGUGUAGGACAUGUGACGAAAAGAGAUAAUAAGCCGUGGCUGUAGGUUUAGGUACGUGUAAAGACGCGUGAAAGUCAGUACUGCGGUCAGCGGCGCUGCCACGAGGAGAAAAAAAAAAGGCCUUACAAGCCCCUGAAUUUGUGUUUAAAAAUAAGAUUGGUGAUAAGGCCUAGACUUUUUGGGAAGUGCAUACUUUAGGUGCGCAGCUUUUCCUCUUGGCGGAUCUUGGUAUAAACCAGUAUGUGUUAUAUAGUGUAUGACCUCCUUUUUUUGCCCUUUUACGAUGCUUAGGAUUGCAAUGAUAGCGCUAUUCACUGAAGCUUUUCCCCCGAGGAAAACAACAUUGAAAAGAGGCGUAAAAAAAGAGGUUGUUUUGGGGGGUUGCAUAUGUCAUGAUUGGAUUCUCCAAAUUAUUGUCUGGUUACACUUAAGAUUCUAAAUUUGUAGGUACCUACAUGUACCUAUUUGAUGCCUGUGCCCUCGAUGCUAGGCCG